AUGACGUGGGAGCAGACCAAAGCUAAACCAGCUAUUCUUUUUCCUGACGAAGAAGAAUGCAAGAGCAUUCUUUUGAGUAAAACGUUGGAUGAACGCUUAAAGUAUUUCGAGGGUGGAGAUAGGAAGAUUGUUGCUGCGCUCAGAACGCUCCUCGACGUUCGUCCUUCGGCCACUGAUAUUUCAGCCGAUGCUAUCCUCCGGACUAGUAACACUAAGGAGGAGUACCCCGAUCGCUUUCGCCGUGCGUUCCCGAUGGUUGCUGUCCGAUCCUGGUCUCAGAAGAAAUCUCGGAAUGACAAUUACCCUGAAACGCUUAAUAUUAAUGAAGAAGCAGUUUUCGAUGGAAUACCUCGGACAGAGAUACCUUCAUUCACGAUUACGAAUAGUCACACAAAUGGAGCGCACUAUGUACAAGUUCCGUCUGGAAACUUAUUUCGGAGCACACCAUGUACAGGUUCCGUUUGGGAAACCUAUUUCGGAGCGCAUCAUGUCUGGAAACUUAUUUCGGAGCACACCAUGUACAGAUUCCGUUUGGAAACCUAUUUCGAAGCGCACCAUGCACAAGUUCCGUCUGGAAACCUAUUUCGGAGCGCAUCAUGUCUGGAAACUUAUUUCGGAACGCAUCAUGUACAAGCUCCGUCUGGAAACUUAUUUCGGAGCGCACCAUGUACAAGUUCCGUCUGGAAACCUAUUUCGGAGCGCAUCAUGUCUGGAAACUUAUUUCGGAGCACACCAU